AGUUGUGUGGCGUGUAACGGGAGGCCGACGGUGUCCAUAUAUAUGAACUAGAUUUUCCAGCCGGAUUGCUUACCGAGAUCGAGACACAGAGCCGCAGUGAAAACCCCUAUAUGUAGACAGAUGGCCGACACAACCCAAUUGCCUUGCUUUGGACCAGAGGCGUUUCACCAACCCCGCCGACCGGCAACAAAGAUGAUGAGGAAAGAGCGCGAUUCUAAACUCUCUAAUGCGUGUCGCUUCAGUGUCCAACUUGCACUCUUUUCUGGUGUGUGUGUGUGUGGCAGUCAUCCCCGGACCAUCCUGAAGGAAUCCCAGACAACCAACUCUUCAACUCAGCCCGGCCCCCCCAACUCCUCACGCUCUGCAACUGGCUCGCCUCCGCUACGUAACUACCAACCCUGGAAACGAAGCUGUUGCACACCAUUUGUCGCUUGA